UUCCUCGGUAUCAGCCAGUGCGGAGCAGGCGGCCCCCAGUCACAGCAGCCCAGAGAGGCGGGGAGCGAGCAGCACUUCGGAGCUCCGCCGGUCCUGGAUCCACGCGAACGGAACCCAGAGAGGAGCCGCUUCCACCGGUCCCGCUGGUGUGUGUCUCGCCGUCGUCUGAGGACCCUCUCCAGCUGGCCACCAUGAGUCUGAGCACCAGCGAGCUGGAGGACCUGUGGAGGUCGCUGGGCGAGCUCAACCUGUCGGAGACCUUCAGCAACAUCUCCAGCGUGGACGCCACGCUGUGCGCCACCUCCUUCCACCGCAGCGCCCUGCUCUACUCCAUGUGCGUGCUCUACACCUUCAUCUUCGUGGUGGGCCUGGCCGCCAACGCGCUGGUCCUCUGGGUCAACCUGCGCAGCCAGCGAGACUCCGCCCCUCGCCCCGAGACCCACACCUACAUCGCGCAGCUGGCGGCGGCCGACCUGUGCGUGUGCGCCACGCUGCCGGUGUGGGUGAGCUCGCUGGCGCAGCACGGCCACUGGCCCUUCGGCGAGGCGGCGUGCAAGCUCACGCACCUGCUCUUCUCCGUCAACCUCUUCGGCAGCAUCUUCUUCCUGGCCUGCAUGAGCGUGGACCGCUACCUGAGCCUGCGGCGGCCGGCCGAGAGGAAGGGCGCCCGCCGCGCCGCCUGCCUGGCCGUGUGGCUGCUGGCGCUGGCCGCCUCGCUGCCCGACACCUACUUCCUGCGCACUGUCAAGUCCUCGCACGGCGACAGCGUGCUGUGCCGGCCCGUCUACCCCGAGCAGAACCCGCGCGAGUGGAUGGUGGGCGUCCAGCUCAGCUUCAUCCUGCUGGGCUUCCUGCUGCCCUUCCCCGUCAUCGCCGUCUUCUACGCCCUGAUCGCCCGGGCCUUCGCCGGCCCCUCGCCGGCGGCGGCGGAGCAGGAGCGGCGCGUGAGCCGCCGCGUCAUCCUGGCCUACAUCGUGGUGUUCCUGGGCUGCUGGGGGCCGUACCACCUGGUGCUGCUGCUGGACGCCCUGGCGCAGCUGGGCCUGCUGCCGCUCAGCUGCCGGCUGGAGAACGUGCUGUACGUGGCCCUGCACCUCACGCAGUGCCUGUCCCUGCUGCACUGCUGCGUCAACCCCGUCCUCUACAACUUCAUCCACCGCAACUACCGCUACGACCUCAUGAAGGCCUUCAUCUUCAAGUACUCCAGGCGCACCGGCCUGGCGCGCCUCAUCGAGGCCUCCAACGCCUCCGACGCCGAGUACUCCGCCGUGGACGCCGCGCCGCAGAUCUGACGCCCGCCUGGCGUGGCGCGGGACAGGUGGCCAGCGUGAGGCGCUCUCUCUCUCUCUCUGGCGCGCCCUCAGUGAAGCACUUAGCGCCGCCUGGAGUCGCCUGCUCCUGGCCUGUAGAGCCGAGACGCUGCAUUUGUAAAUAGUUUGAUCAUGUUUUCGGAGCCAGCGAGCGGCUGGAGGUGACCUUCCAACCCUUCUGCCUCACUCGGACUCCAGACCUGCUGUUGACCCUCUCUCGGUCGUGUGAGGGACCAAGCCAGUGACUCCAUGUUGGAGCCUGCCAGACACUGAAGACGCGAGCUGUCCCCUGUUACUGUAUUAAACUCUGAGAA